AUGACUAUCGAACAAACUCGCAGAAUCACACUUGUCGGUGCUACAGGCAACGUUGGCAAGCCCAUCUUGGACAGCCUCAUCGCAGUUGGUCACAAAGUCAACGUGAUUACACGUACCGGCUCGAACGUCACCGUGCCCGACGGAGUCACCCUUCACCGUGGCGACUACAAUGACGAGACUUUUCUGGUGAAUGCACUGAAGGACCAGGAUGUCCUUAUCACCGCUUUGUCAUUUGGAGCGUAUGACGCUCAGAUUCCUCUGUUCCGAGCUGCGGCGAAGGCCAAUGUGCCGUGGAUUGUGCCUUGCGAGUUCGGCGCUGACCCGAAAGCCUCGCUCAACGAGCACAUUGGUAUCAUGAAAGUGAAAAAGCCCUACCGAGACCUUAUCGAGGAGCUGGGAGUAAGCUCCUGGAUCGGUGUGGUCAACGGUCUCUGGUUUGACUAUGUGAUGCGUUACGCCGCGUUCGGCGUCGGUGUCGACGCGAAGACCAAGACAGCGCAUUUCUACGACGACGGGAACACGAAGACGAACUUCACCACUCUGAAGCGUGUGGGCGAGAGCUUAGCUGCUGUUCUGGGCUGGCCGGAAGACGAACUUGCGAAGCUCAAGAACGAUUGGGUGUUCUUCAGCUCUUUCCACAUUACGCAGCGAGAGAUUUGGGAGGCGGCCAUGCGUGUCACGGGCACGAAGGAGAGCGACUGGACUGUAUCGUCCGAGCCUAGCGAGGACCUCAUCAAGGAACUGAAACAGCAAAUUGCGAGUGGUGCUGGAAUGGCUCCAGCGCAGCGACUGUUGAUGGUUUUGACAAUCGGGAAAGGCAUAGGCGGUGACUACCAAGAGAAAGUUGUGGACUAUAAGAGGCUUGGCCUUCAGCCGGAGAGUCUGGACGAUGUGAUGCAGGCGGUUGUGUAA